AUGACACGUAUUGUGGGUUCAACUGAUAAUUGGGCGAUGGAUCUAACUGCUCCUUUACAACGUAUUUUACGUGACCUUCCGACUAAUUCUCGCCAUCGUUUCAAAACUUUCACUCAACGAAUGGAUAGUGUUUGCAGAGUGAAUUUGGAAUUUAAAGACUGUAUAAAGCGGUGCGGAGAGCAAAGCACUGGACAUAUACUGCUGAAAGAUGAAUUUUUAUCAUUUGUGAUGCCAUGCUGGUCGGAGCAUGGUGAUGAUAUUGCUAUUUUAUGUGGCUCGCAAGCAGCUCUAGUGCAACGUACUGUAUCAAGCUUGAUUGACAGUGGAAUUUAUGCCAUUAACGAACAUCUUGACGAUUUAUGCAGAAGUGUUGGAAUGUACGAUAAAUGUUAUGCAAAACAAGCAAAUAAACUUUGUGGCUCAAAAAUGUAUGAAUUUAUAACAAAUUUAAAUGGACGAAGCUUUCAGUUUCAACUGAAUAUUCUUGGUAUUAACAGAGCACUGAUGGAAUUACUGCUUGAAUCGGGAAUGGCGAAAGAAUUUCCAAAUUCUUGCAAGUUGAUGAACCGCGUGAGUGAAUUUGCAAGUAUUCAUCACAACUGGCAAUACGAACGUGGAAACGCUCAACGUCGAGAUAUUUUUGUUAGUCGCAGCUCAAGGUGUUCUUGUAAUUGUUCCAGUAUUUAUUCUUGUUAUCGUUGUUAUUUUUGUUUCAAUGCAAAAAUUUUCUUAUUUAUUGUAAUUGUAAUUAAUAAUCAGUAUUUUUCUUCUGAUAUUUAUAUUUGAUU